ACAACCAUUAAAUUCGAUACAUAUAGAAAAACAAUGAAAGUAAAAACCUUCACCGAUAUGCUAGCUUUAUGAUUUUAUUAUUUUGGUUGAAAUGAGUUUAUUAGGCCUAUGAAAUCGGGCUAGAUUUCAUCAGAGCAAAGGCAGUUCUAGCACAUUGAGGAGAGAAAAUGACGUCCAAUGUGACAGAAGCCCCACUAGGGAUGGAAAAUCCUAUCGUGAUGAGACUGGGACACAUCAAAGUCUCCAUGUUGGUGAUGGCUUUCGCGACAUUUGUUCUUUUGUCUCAGGAUCUUCCAGGCGUCGAGGCUGCUGGUAAGAUGUUCCGAGAUGAAUUGCUCUCUCUAUGGGGAGGGUUUGUGCUCAUAGUUUUUGGACAAGUUGAUUCCUUUUCAGCAUAUAGUCCUGAAGACAAUGAACAAUGGAAAAGGUAUAGUGGGAUAAUUUCUUUGCAGUCUUUUUCAGUGGCAGGCAUGAUUGGUUUAUACACUGAAACAACAAAAUACCGAUCUUUGGCUCUUCCUAUAGUGGUUUUCAUGACUAUUGAGGCUGACGAAAAAAUUGCAGCUUUAAAAAUGGCUGCUAGAUCCUCCUUAGCAGAAAACACCAAGCUGAUUUCAGCCUUCACGGCCAGUGAGCAUCGAAUAUCCAUUGUUGGCGAACCAGAUCCGAUUCAAAUGAAUGGGUUACAACUAUUUCGUCACUGGAGAUCGUUUAGAGAUGUUCAAGGUGGCGCGACCACAAUACCAGAUUCAACUGAACGUCGCCAGAGACGAAGGGACUAUGAAAGAGCUUUAAGGGUCGUUGAGGUAGAACUCUGUUUCCUCUUUGAUCUUUUCUACACCAAGUGCGCAGUCAUCUUCAAGGAAGGCCAAGGACUCCGAAAACGUAAAAUACUGAAUACUCUAUUUCUAGUCGGAUUUGGAGUCUUUCUUACCGUAAAAUUCCUGAUACAAUAUAAGCCAAGCCCUCAUGAACUUAAUCUUAUUACAACUGGUGGUGUUAACUUGGACAAGCGAGUUACAGUUAUUCUUAUUGUUGGAAUUCUCUUCAUGGCGAUUGCACAAUCCCUCUUUCUCAUUAUGUCAGAUUGGGCAAUGGUUCUUUUGAUUUGUAACUAUGUGAGGGGAAUAUAUGAUGAUGGUGCUCCCAGACAAGGCCGGACAGGAUGCAGUAAAAUCGAAUUGCUUGAGGAGGUAAAAAAAGCUGUGAUACUUAAUCUCAGGACAGUCAAUGGUCGCAAACUGAGCAAUGGGAAAAAAUCUCUUCGGCAAAAUAAUCUACGGGAUGAGUUGUUUUGGGCAUGUAGGCUUGAGACACCCACCCAUGUAAUCCUGGUCUGGCACAUAGCUACUAGUCUCUGUAAGAUUGCAACAAGACCAAAGAGUUUGAGGAAUGGAGAUUUCGUUGUUGACACACGGUUGUCUGAUUAUUGUGCCUAUUUGGUGGCAUUUGGCCCAAGGUUGACAUCGGACAGUGCCAUUGAUUCAGAGUUUAUUUUCAAUGAGGUUCUCAAGGAUGCCAGAGGCAUUUUGAAGGGCUGCCAAUCAGAUAGAGAUAACCUAUUCCCGACAGAUUCCAUGGCUUCUAAAAAUUAUAUCCAGCCUUCAAUCCCUCAUCUUGAUGGUCAUCACUACGACCAUUGGAGUAUGUUGAUGGAGAAUUUCCUUCGGUCCAAAGAGUAUUGGAUAGUUGUUGAAGUUGGAGUUCCAAAACCAACAGCAAGUGCAGAUAAUGCACAAAUGGUAAAAAUUAAGAAGGAAAAGUUGAAGGAUCUCAAGGCUAAGAACUAUUUAUUCCAAGCCACUGAUCGGGCUAUCUUGGAAACAAUUCUUAACAAAGGAGAAAGUUCCAAUUUUGUAGAACACAAUGAGAAGAAUGAUGAUUCCUCUCUAUUCAUGGUCUGUCAUCCUAAAGAAGUUAGCAAGAAGAAUGUGUGGUAUCUAGAUAUUGACUGCAGCAACCACACGUGUGGAGACAAAUCUGUGUUUUCAGAUCUGGAUGAGUUUUUUCAAGACAAGGUGAAAUUUGGUGAUAAUUCCACUAUUGUAGUCAAGCGAAGGGGAAAGCUUCAGAAGAAAGGAUAUGAAAUCCUAAUUAAAGAUGGAGUUUGCCAAGUUUUUCAUUCAACGCUUGGCUUGAUUGCAAAGGUCAAGAUGACAGGAAAUAGACAUCUUUAUUUUGGUGGGUUGAAAGCCUUGUAUCAGAAGAAGAUGGUAAAUGGUCUUCCUCAUUUUGAUUCUCCUUCAAAAAUUUGUGAAAUCUGCAUGACCAAGUCAGAAGCCUUAGUAGCCUUUAAAAAUUUCAAAGUCUUGGUUGAGAAUGAGGCUGGUAGAUCUGUAAAGGUUCUGCAUACAGAUCAUGGUGAUCUUCCAGAAUGGCACAAGACUAAUGGUGUUAAGUGGAUCUACAAGACAAAGCUCAAAGAGAAUGGGAAGGUUGACAAAUUCAAAGCUCGCUUAGUGGCAAAGGGUUACAAGCAAGAGUUUGGCACUGAUUAUCAAGAAGUUUUUGCUCCAGUUGUAAGGAUGGACACCAUCAGAUUGGUGAUUGCAUUGGCAGCACAAAACUCAUGGUCGAUCUACCAGCACAAGACUAUUGCUUGUAACCCUUUGCCACAAAGCUCGCUUAGUGGCAAAGGGUUACAAGUAAGAGUUUGGCAUUGAUUAUCAAGAAGUUUUUGCUCCAGUUGUAAGGAUGGACACCAUCAGAUUGAUGAUUGCAUUGGCAACACAAAACUCAUGGUCAAUCUACCAGCUUGAUGUGAAAUUGGCCUUCUUGCAUGGAAAUCUACAAGAACAGGUAUUUAUUGAUCAACCUCCUGGUUAUGUGAAAUUUGGUUUUGAGUAUAAGGUUUACAGAUUGAAGAAAGUAUUAUAUGGACU